CUUACUUCCUGUUGCAGCAUAGACUCUUAUCGCCAAACAAGCAUACUUCCUUUCUAGUAUCGUUAAGAUGGCGGACAAAGACAAGGAAAAGGGGAAAGUCAAUAUUAUGAGAGAUUUGCGUAUUCGCAAACUUUGUCUCAAUAUUUGUGUUGGAGAAUCUGGUGACAGAUUGACCAGAGCUUCAAAAGUGUUGGAACAGCUCACAGGACAGACACCUGUUUUCUCUAAAGCUCGUUACACUGUUAGAUCUUUUGGCAUCAGACGUAAUGAAAAGAUUGCUGUUCAUUGCACAGUCCGUGGGGCCAAGGCUGAAGAAAUCUUAGAAAAGGGACUAAAGGUUAGAGAAUAUGAGUUGAGGAAAAACAACUUCUCUGCAACUGGCAACUUCGGCUUUGGUAUUCAGGAACACAUAGACUUGGGUAUCAAGUAUGACCCUGGUAUUGGCAUUUAUGGUAUGGACUUCUACAUUGUUCUGGGACGCCCAGGUUUCAAUAUCAGUCAACGUAGAAGAAGAAAGAGUACCAUUGGUGCUAAACACAGAAUUAGCAGAGAUGAAUGUAUGAAGUGGUUCCAACAGAAGUAUGAUGGUAUCAUUCUGCCAGGAAAGUGAGGAGUCUGUUAUUGUAAAAUUGAAAAUAAAAUUGUCCAAAAAGCUCUUAA